AUGGCCAACCUUCCGACCGUCUACAUCGUCUCGACAGCCAGAACCCCCGUGGGGUCUUUCCUUGGCUCCCUGUCGGCUCUGAGCGCUACCCAGCUCGGCUCCGAGGCCAUCAAGGGUGCCGUCCAGCGUGCAGGCAUCAGGAACGAGGAUGUCGACGAGGUCUUUUUCGGCAACGUCCUCUCUGCCGGCCUCGGUCAGGGCCCUGCCCGCCAGGCCGCCCUCGGCGCCGGCCUCCCCCAGAAGACUGUGGCCACGACGGUGAACAAGGUGUGCGCGUCCUCGCUCAAGGCCAUCAUCCUGGGUGCCCAGAACAUCAUGCUCGGCACCUCGGACAUUGUCGUCGCCGGCGGCGCCGAGUCCAUGUCCAACGUGCCUCACUAUCUCCCCAACCUGCGCGCCGGCGCCAAGUACGGAGACCAGACCCUGGUCGACGGCGUCCUCAAGGACGGCCUGACCGACUCUUUCAAGAAGGAGCACAUGGGUCUCCAGGCCGAGCUGUGCGCCACCGACAACGAGUUCUCGCGCGAGGACCAGGACAACUACGCGGUGCGGUCGUACCAGCGUGCCCAGGCCGCCACCGAGGCUGGCCUGUUCAAGGAGAUCGUCCCCGUGGAGGUGCCCGGCGGUCGCGGCAAGCCUCCCGUCGUCGUGGACCGCGACGAAGAGGUCAAGAACCUCAACGAGGCCAAGCUGCGCGCCAUGAGGCCUGCCUUCAAGUCGGACGGCAGCGUCACGGCCCCCAACGCCGCCCCCAUCAACGACGGUGCCGCCGCCGUCGUGCUCGCCUCCGAGGCCAAGGUCAAGGAGCUCGGCCUCAAGCCCAUCGCCAAGAUCCUCGGCUGGGGCGACGCCGAGCGUGAGCCCGAGCGCUUCACCGUCGCGCCUGCCCUGGCCAUCCCCAAGGCCAUCAAGCACGCCGGCCUCUCGGACAAGGACGUCGACUACUACGAGAUCAACGAGGCCUUCUCCGUCGUCGCCCUCGGCAAUCUCAAGCACCUCGGUCUCGACGCCGAAAAGGUCAACGUCUGGGGUGGUUCCGUCGCCAUCGGCCACCCUCUCGGCUGCUCGGGCGCCCGCAUCGUCACCACGCUCGCCUCCGUGCUGGCCAACAAGAAGGCCAAGGUUGGUGUGGCUGGCAUCUGCAACGGUGGCGGCGGUGCUUCGGCCAUUGUCAUUGAGAACCUCCAGUAA